GGUUUAUUUCACUAACGGGCCGGACAAAUUGGGCCUUUAACAAUUUAUUUUCUCUUUUCUUCUUAAUUCUAAGUUAUGUUGGUUUGGUGUUUAGAAAAUUGGGGUUUUCAUUGAUGUUUUCAGUUCUUCUGAAAUUUUUUAAUUUUUUUAAUUGAUACCUUAAGCAAUCUUAGGUUUGGAAAAAACCAAAUAAUAAUAUGUUAGUCCACUCUAAUCUCAUUCCUUUUUCUUUAAUUUCCUUUCAUUUUUUGUAUUGUCAGUUAAUUUCUUCUGCUGUUCAAAGAGGUCAUUUAUCCGAAGAUCUUUGCCAAUUAUCAGUCGUUCUCAAGAGCUCUCCUCCAAUCAUUCGAGUUUCAAGUGAAUACUUUUCAGUGUUCCUUUAAUUUUUGCCUAACAAUAAGCGUUUUUGCAUUUUUUCUGGAGAUAGGGAUAUUUGGUAGUAAUUUUUAGCUUUGAAUUUGAAUUUGUGGAUGAAAUCCGGGUCCCUUGUUUGAGGCUGAAUGGUAGGGUCAGUGUUGUCAAGGCAUGUACCUAGGUGCGUCUGUGCCUUUGCAGCAUUCAACAAAAAUGCCUCAAACGUUUCCAGGCGAGGCCCAUUUAAUGAGGCAUAGACGCCUUGUGUGCCUUGGUGCUCUUUUUUGUAAGGCAGUAGACUUAGAUAAACCUGGAUGAUUGAACUUUUUACUAAUAAGAAAGGGAUAAUGUCAAACUUGACUGGCCAAUAUAUUAUAUAUAAGCUUUAUACUUCUAAAUAUUGUUUUACAUGUGAUGGAGAAAUAAGAAAGUGAUAAUGUCAAACUUCUAAAUAUUGAACAUACUUGCGUCAGAGGCAUACUCGUAUCAAAACUUCAAAAUGGCAUGGGUUUGGUGAUUGUGCUUCAUGUGUUGUCAAGUACAUUGAAUAUUUUUAGCUUGACUGCUAAAGCUACACUGGCUAUUUUAUUCAAUCCGACCAUAUUAUGCAGCCACAUUGAUGAUAUAUAUUCAAGAUGAGUCGACAUCAAUUCCUUUGGAAUGUCAAGUUACUCCUGGAGCUUUACACCGUAUCGAAGUCAAUUCACGACUUCCUGGAAAGUAAUUACUCCCAGGUUUUGUAAUUGAGCAGUUUGUGCUAGAGAUGUUCGAUGUGUAUGGAAAUCAUGUUGAAGAAGGAUUAGAAGUUCAAUUCCAAUUGGAUGGUUUUAGCAUCCCAGGUCUAAUAGGCUCAAAGCAUAAGGUGGAUAACCUUGGACGCAUUGACCUUGGGGGCAUACUGAAAGUAACUGCAGGUUAUGGAAAACAAGGGGGGUCUCUUUUUGGAUAUGAUCUUGGUGUUUCUGGUGGAGUGACUUCCAUGGAUGAUUUCUUGAAGGAAUUCUUCCCAAAGAUAUAUAGAAGGAAACAAGCACAUCUUCAUGAAACUAACUACUGCAAAAAUGACAUCCAGCUCCUCACACUUUUUACGUCUUCGCUCUACUUCGCAGGCCUUGUUUCUACAUUUGGAGCCUCUUAUGUUACUAGAAACAAAAGGCGUCGAGCCAGCAUCCUUGUUGGUGCAGUCAGCUUCUUCCUAGGAGGAGCUAUCAAUGCAGGUGCGGUGAAUAUCACAAUGUUGAUUGUAGGACGCAUUCUUCUUGAUGCAGGCAUCUAAAUAUGUUUGUUACUUUAGG